AGACACUGUCUCCUGUAGUCUUGUGUCAUCAUAAUCAUUAAUUUUGUGUCCCAAUAAUGGUCGAUUCCCAAAUUGUUUAUCUGCAUUAAUUGGAUGCUCAAAUUGGGAAAUUUAUCAUCCGCGUUUCUAUAACUAUUUGAUUAUCUUCUAAAAUCUCCUCUUAGUUUUCUCUUCCUUUGAUUCUCGAAUCUCUAGGGGUUUUCCUUCAAUUCUCGAAUCUCAGGGGUUUUGAAGGUUUUUUUUCCGGAAUUGAAUUCCCCAGAUCUCAUUCAUCUACUCCCAAUAAUAAAUUGCUCGUCUUCUAUUUCCUGAGUAUUGGUCGAGAUUCACGGGUAGCAUAUUUUUCUCGAUUCGGGUGCGUCUCAGCUACUCUCGUGCGUAAUUCGUCGUCUCUUUGGGUAUAAUUAACUCCGGCGAUGGCGGAUGAAAAGAACGGCGGACGUCUGAGUGACGCAAGCGACUACUCGUCGGAGGAUGAGGGAACAGAGGAUUACAGGAGAGGAGGCUACCAUGCGGUGCGAGUCGGCGAUACCUUUAAGAAUGGAUCUUAUGUGAUUCAGAGUAAGCUUGGCUGGGGACAUUUCUCCACUGUCUGGCUCGCUUGGGACACUCAAAAAUCGCGUUAUGUAGCUUUGAAAAUCCAGAAGAGCGCUCAGCACUACACAGAGGCGGCCAUGGACGAGAUAAAGAUCCUGAAACAGAUUGCAGAAGGUGACACGGAAGAUAAGAAGUGUGUUGUGAAGCUUCUUGAUCAUUUCAAGCACGCGGGUCCUAACGGGCAACAUGUUUGUAUGGUCUUUGAGUAUUUGGGAGAUAACCUCUUGUCCGUUAUCAAGUACAGCGAUUACCGAGGUGUUCCUCUUCACAUGGUUAAAGAGCUCUGUUUUCAUAUCUUAGUUGGUUUGGAUUACCUUCACCGCGAGCUCUCUAUCAUUCAUACUGAUAUCAAGCCGGAGAACAUUCUGCUUUGUUCCACCAUCAACCCUGAAGCUGAUGCUCGGAAAUCUGGUGCUCCUCUUGUUCUUCCAACGGCCAAGGACAAAACUGUUACCGAGAGACAGGCUGAAAAAGAAAAGCCUAAGAGUUACACGUACAGUGCGGAUUUGACCAAGAAUCAGAAGAAGAAGAUCCGUAAGAAAGCUAAGAAGGUGGUGGUUGAAGGAUGUGGUGGAGAGGAAGCUUCAGAGGAAAAUGAGAGAGAUUCUAACUCGGAAGCAAGACCAAACGGAAAUUCAACUGUGGAGAGUUCGGAGGGGAGUUCUGAAAGAGUGAAAGACGCAGAGAAUGUUAGCCAAAAGAGUCGGGGCAAUAGGAGAGGAAGUCGAUCCACUAGGCAAAAGUUACUUGCGGAUGUUGAUCGGACGUGCAAGUUAGUCGAUUUUGGGAACGCUUGUUGGACUUAUAAACAGUUUACGAGUGAUAUUCAGACAAGACAGUACCGGUGUCCUGAGGUUAUUCUUGGCUCAAAAUACUCUACCUCGGCGGAUAUGUGGUCAUUUGCUUGCAUUUGUUUCGAGCUUGCCACUGGAGAUGUUCUAUUCGAUCCUCACAGUGGUGAAAACUUUGAGCGGGAUGAGGAUCACUUGGCAUUGAUGAUGGAGCUUCUUGGGAUGAUGCCACGAAAGAUUGCAUUAGGAGGACGCUACUCGCGGGAUUACUUCAAUCGACAGGGUGAAUUAAGGCACAUUAGGCGGUUGCGAUUUUGGCCACUGAACAAGGUUUUAACGGAAAAAUAUGACUUCAGCGAGGAAGACGCCACUGCGAUGAAAGAUUUCAUCAUCCCCAUCCUUGAAUUUGUACCUGAGAAGAGACCCACGGCUGCUCAGUGCCUAACGCACCCAUGGAUGAAUCCUGUCCCUAGAUCACUGAAACCCAAAGAAGAAAAAGAAGAGAAAGAAGCAAAAGAUGAGGAUAAAACAAAGGAAAAGGAUGAGAGGGAAGCUAUGGAGGUUGGUGUUGGGAAUAUUGCUAUUGAUGGCUCAGAAUCAAAGACCUCAGGAAGAGAAGGUCGUCAAUCUGCUCGUGACCUUCGCACUUGAGAAAACUGAAUCCCUGAAUUUUUUUUGUUGUGUUCUAAAUCACACUUCUCCGGGAAUCAGGGAUUUAGAUUCUGUAUUUUUUUCUUUUCCAUUCACUCGUUGCAAACAAAAGAUUGGAAAUUUUAUUCGCUUUUGAACCAAUUUGAGAUGAUC